CUGCUUCAGACGUUCGUUCGUAUGAUUAGCGAAAAGAAGUCGUGUUCGGGAUAAGGAACAUUGCUCACCUAUUACGUGUGACGUCGUUACGGCCGUCCUUAUCUAUAUUUAACGGCCCGGUCAGCCUCGGGCGAGUUGUAUACUCGUAUCCUCUGUGGUGCUGGGCGUAACCAAGCCGACGACGCGUAGUGGAGGCAGGGGUCCCGUCCGGACAUUCUGGAACCUUGAACGGCUAAAUCGAACCCUGUGUAAGUUUCCGCCCAUUCCGAAAACGCGACGUCCCUGGCCGUCAUAUUGGCGGUUCCUAUUCACGGAUGACCGGCAAGCUACUCGCGUAUUGCUCCCUGCCAGCGUAUCCUGACCCAAGCUUGGUGACGUUCGACCCCGAAGUUCCAAUGGACCUCCCUCUGCAACCGCUUGUCCCCGGGACCAUCAUCGAACUGACUGGCCAUGUCCAUAACCACACGAAAAGGUUCAGCAUCAACCUGGUGACGGGAAAGGGCGACAUUGCGCUGCACGUGAACCCCCGCUUUGACGCGGGGAACACUGUGUUCAACACGCUGCGUGGCAACGAGUGGGAAACGGAGGAGGUCGUCCAGUCUGUUCCCGUUCAGCACGGACAGAACUUCGAGUGCAUGAUCCUCGUGGAACAGAUGGACUACAAGGUGGCGUUCAACGGCAUGCACUUUGCGGAGUUCAAGCACCGGCUGCUCUUCUCCCUGGUGGAGCGGCUCAAUGUCGAGGGCACCGUCACUAUCCACACGGCGGAGCAAAAGCCUCCGCUGGGAACGGUGCUGCCGCCCAUGGAAGGUGUCGGCAUGGCCAUGCCGUGCACCGCCCCGGUCAUGCUCCCGACGGGCCUUGCCACCUUGGAGCCGGCCAACGAGCCACAGACCGUCUACAACCCGCCGACCCCGUUCUCCCACCCGCUGCCCGGCGGGAGGCUGGCGCCCGGGCUCAUGGUGUACAUCAGCGGCAGGCCCCACUCGGAGGCAGUCUCCUUCUCGGUGAACUUUGCGUGCGGAGGCGUCGGCUCGGACGUGGCGUUCCACUUCAACCCCCGAUUCCGGCACAAGGAGGUGGUGCGCAACACCUUCGUCGACGGCGACUGGGGACCCGAAGAGAAGAAGUGCCACAAGUUUGUCUUCCACCCCGGCGUGCACUUCGAUAUGCUCGUGCAGGUGCUGCCGGACAGGUUCAACGUGGCCGUCAACGGCCAGCACUAUGUGGAGUACCAGCACAGGCUGCAGCCGCUGUCCAGAAUCAGCCACGUCACGGUGGAGGGCGACGUCCUGAUCGCCUCCCUCCGCUGCCAGUACGCCUGAGCAGCUGCCGCAGAACCCCGUCCGGUCGCCGGCUCUUGCUGUCCGGCGUCACGUUGGGUCGUUGCAGUCAGCGUUGCCUCUCGAAGCCGAAAAGUUCACCGAAGGUCUCAUUUCGGCGGGUCUACAAAAGGCCGGUUCGCACGUACGUGUUUGAGUGCGACGGAGCCCGUUGCCACCGCCGACGAGGAGAAAAUAAACUGGUGCCAUCUGUUAGGCUAUCCCCCAGAACCCCUUCGAUCUGUGUCCAACUAGAGCAAAAGUCUUGCCGUGUAUUUGUGACAUCAAAUCUACGCGCAAGCUACGCGACAAAGAACAGUCGCUUGCAAGAUUCUUGGGACCAUUUCGAGCGCAGAGCGAAAGAAUGGUGUCUAAAAUAUACGCAGGUCGGAUAGUGUUCAGGGGCUGGCCAACAGAUGGGACCAGCGUGUUCUAUUUUCGUAAGCGGCUACAACGGGUUGCGACGCAGUCAAUGACGCUCGAACGCAAACGCGCGAACUAGCCUUAAGGUUGCAGCAGUCAAUUAGUCAGAUUCCCACCAGGUUGUUGAUUUUUUACACGUUUUAUAUGUAGUUGGCAAUGCUCAAGCAGUUUUGGUGCUCGACAACAGUGUUUCGAGUCCAUACGAUAGAGGUUGCCAGUAUUUACCUUGUUUUUGUUUGUGCGCGUUAUCUCUCGAACUCCCUUUCUUGUGUAGUCGGAGGCACCCCUCGUUGAUGAUGUUCAAAUGCUUUAUUCGUGCACUGCACGGAAAUGGUGGCGUUUUUUGUCGCUUGCUCAAAAUGUGCUUUUUUAUGCCAAAAUUAACUGCGGUUUUGUGCACAACUUUGUGACUGCAGAUUGACCGAAAUAAAGCUUGUUGGUUUGCAA